AUGGAAGCAGUCCGAAACUCUGACUUGGAGGAUCCAUACCUUGGGUCAGGGCCGGAUGAGGAUGCCUCAGAAAUUGCAUUGUUAGAGGAGGAGUCGGACUCGGGAAGUGUGUUAUCUGAUGAUUCUGUUCUCCCGGAUUAUGAGAGGGGUUUUAAAAAGGGAACUGCCAACACAUUGUACGAGGCUUGUGUCCAAAAUGAUGCGCAGGCCCUAAAGAGGGUGUUGGAGCGUGGUGUGACCCACAACGAAGUCAUGGAAGUUGACAUUAAUGGAUGGAAUGGGAUGAUGUUUGCUUCAUACAAAGGCUAUCUUUCGAUUGUUUAUGGGCUUCACAGUUUUCCACAUCUGGAUAUUAAUCACCAAGACAAUGAUGGCAAUACUGCUCUGAUGAUCGCAGCUCAAGCUGGCCAUGUCUCCAUCUGUAAUUACAUCAUGAAUUACUUCCCUGGAGCAGACACAGAGAUCAGAGACAACAGAGGGUUUACUGCUCUCAUUAAAGCGGCCAUACAGGGCAGGAAUGAUGUGGUGGCAGCUCUUAUAAUGCACGGUGCUGAUGUUAAUGCUGUAGACUCAAACCGUGGUAAAUGUGCACGAGACUGGGCACUAAAAACAGGUCGUUUUGACACGCUGCAGCGUCUAAGUCGCCUUGUGCUACGCCCAACCGCGGAACAAUUUUGUAUGUCUUACAUCCCAGAGUGGCCCAACCUUAAGGUCCUGGUCGCCAAAGCAACAACCAAUAAAACUGCAAGCCAGAAACUUAAUCAUCGUCUGAAGAGUACAUUUAGUUUUAGCUUUCCACGGGACCCGCAGGACGAAGGCGUCAUGGACCACAUGGUGCGAAUGACCACCAGUAUACACAGCCCACUUAUAGCCACUGCCACACGCCCGCUCUGCCCAAGCAGCCCUCCGGAGGCAAGCAAACCACGGUUGGCCGUGGCAGAGCUGAUGUUGAAGUAUUCAGAUAAGCAGCUGGAGGAGGGUUCGCUUUGCCAUCGAAACAACUCCAUCACCUCGAUUUCACCAUCUAUCCACUCAUCCACAUCCGCCUCUGUGCCCUGCUGUGUUGAUACCCAGAGGCGAGGAAGCGUGCUGUCCAUUGCUCAGUCCGGUAUGCGCACCUUCAUUCCUCGUAGUGUAGCAGCAAGACGCAACAGCGUGUUUCCCUCGGGCUGCGUUCCACAGAUCAGUGUGACCAAGACUUCCGAGCCCACCCCUAAGAAAGAAAAGAAAAAGAAAAAACAGAAGGGUUACUUGGAGCCUCCGAAGUGGAAAUACAAAGAGGCCAAGAACGAGAAGAAGAAAGAGAAGAAAGCAAUGAAAGAGAAGGAAGAAAAAGAAAAGAAACGCAGGGACAAGGAAAAAAGGAAAAAAUGUGAGGACUGA